AUGAAGAUCUUCGCCUUUCUACACUCAGCCUUGCUGAUGGCCAUUGCUGUAACAGCUUCGCCAGUGACCAGAACUAGAUCUGGCGAAACCCUACUUGAGAAGCGUCAGGAUCGCGGUCUUUACUCGGUCUCCGGGCUUGGUGCUCGCAAACAAGCCAUUUUGAAUGCUGGAGGCAACAGCUUGGACCUUGCUAUUGCCAUGCUCGAGACCGAGCGCAUGUCAACUGAUUACAUCUACGGAGACAACAAAAGUAAUGAUGCAGCCAAUUUUGGACUAUUCAAGCAGAAUUGGGGCAUGCUCCGUAUCUGCGCCUCUCGGGCCAGCUUCGUAGGGCAAAGCCAGAGCCAAUGGAACAAUGGCGCAAGGCUCAAGUACGACAAGAAUCUUGCCCAGACAAAUGAAAAUCUAUUGAACGAAGACUAA